AUGUCGCAGAUCCCCCCAGCGUCAAGCCGGUCGUCAAACGAUGCUCAUCUAACCGAGAACCGGAAGAGAGCCCAUACCGAUGACGAUUCAUCUACCCCAGAGGGCCGUGAAUCGGUGCGCGUUCGACCGCUCUCCUGGCACCCGUCUGCUCCCGUGGAACCUCCGCUGAAAUCUGCCCAGCAUAGAUCGAUUGGCGUCCACUCAAUUCUGAACCAUCCCGGAAAAUCAGCCGCAGGAACCCCAGCCUCUGCGGAGAGUGGUCGAGAGGGGCUGGGAGAUCAACGGGCAUCUGACUCACCAUCUCAUUCUCGGUUUCCUUCCUCUUCAACAGUGCAUUUACCCUCCCCGUCCAUGCACCACGCGAAGCCUCCCCCAGUCUUGUCUCCGGGCAUGAGAAACCACCAUCAGAAUAUCACUGCUCAUUCGCCAUCCGCACGUUUCGUUAAUGCGGGAGGCUACUAUCCACAAAAGCCAGCUGCUUCUCAGUCCCCUUUAGCUCAGCUACCGGGGCUGCAGACAGUAGCUCCCGGUUCGCCUUUGCCGAUAGUAGACUCGGCAUCUGGACACCCUCCACCUGUACCUAGCCACCAGCAAUCGACUUCUAUUCAUUCAACACCGACGUUUGCCAGUCACCGGGCGAGUACCAAUCAAACCCCAAAUGCGAGUUCCAAAGAAACCAGCCCAACUUCACCCGUGUCUGUUUUCAGCCAGCUGGGACGGUCUUCCCCUGCUCUUGCGGCAGCCUCUGCACCACAGUCGGGCCCCAUGUUUCUGAACUCAUCGCCCUACGCAGCCGUGGAUCCCAUUACUCGAUUACCAUCAGCCAUGGCUGGGCAGAGGCCUGCGGGAGAGGAGACGAAUACCGGUAUUGGCGGGUCCCAACCGGACGCUCCUCUCCCUGGCAUGAUACCUUGCUUUUUAGACUUGAAGUCUGGGUCAUCCAGUCAGGCGGAGAAGCGAAAGGCCAACAGCGAUGCGUCCAGACGAUUCCGUAACCGGAAGCGCAACGAGAUGCAGAUGGAACAGAAGAUCACGUCCCAGCAGGAUGAGAUCCGGAAGCAAGCGGAAACAAUUCAAAAGCAAGCCCAAGAGCUACAAACUCUGCUAGAACAGUGCGAUUUCUAUCAUUCCGAGAGAGAUUUCUUUCGUGAACAGGUUACCCGGUUUGUGCCAUCUAGCCAGCUCCCCGCUCGACCAACUUCCCCUCGGGCCUUCCGACCGUCGUUUGAAACAACACCUUCGGAACGCGACCACCAGGCAAGCUGGUCUGGACCAGAUGGCCCCCGAAAGAUCGGCGAAACAGCCUCCUGUUCCACGGCUACCUCUGGUCAAAGCAUCACGCCAGUUUCGACUCCGAGACCUGCGGGGACCUGGUCUGCUGCUCCCUCCCCUUACCCACCAGGCCAGAUGGAUGAGCAACCAACCAGACCGAUACCGCAGACUCCAGGAACAUGGACCCGAUCUUCCUAA